CGGGACUUAAUGGACAGAUAUGCUUUAUUCAUCAAUUAUUCGAAGCCUGAAGUCACUUUCACCGAGUUAGAUUCUAUAGAGAAAUUAAUCUGUUUGCUUGACGAAAUGCUAAACUUUUAAAAGGCGGACCCGUUCUCUCAAUGCUCCCAGCCCAGUAUACCAGUUUGGACCGUGUGGACAAAUAAUGAAAAAUGUUGCCAUGGUGAUGACUAUCCAAGAUCCCGCCAGUCAGAGAUUAACCUGGAAUAAACCACCUCUGAGUGUGCUUGUUAUCAAGAAGGUGCAGGACGUCUCGGUUAUUCAACCGUUCAUUGAUUUAUUGAGUUGGCUUAUUUUUGAAAAACGAAUGGUCGUGUUUGUUGAAGCUUCUGUCCUCGAUGAUGUGCAGUUGAAAAACAACACUUACUUCAACCCUGUCAGAGAUAAACUUUGUACAUUUAAAGAAGGGAAAGAUGAUCUCACGGACAAAAUAGAUUUCAUCAUUUGUCUUGGUGGAGAUGGGACUCUCCUUUAUGCUUCUUCAUUAUUUCAGCAAAGUGUCCCUCCAGUGAUGGCUUUCCAUAUGGGGUCUCUAGGAUUUCUCGCUCCCUUUGAAUUUGCAAACUUCCAAGGACAAGUUACCAGUGUUUUAGAAGGCCAUGUAGCUUUGACUCUACGUAGUAGACUUCGUUGUAUCGUAGUGAGAAAGAAUAGUGAUUCUUUGGAUAAAAAAUCACAUUCUGGUGUCCUGGUGUUGAAUGAAGUAGUAGUUGACAGAGGCCCCUCUCCAUAUCUUUCAAAUAUUGACUUGUUUCUGGAUGGGAAACACAUCACCACAGUGCAGGGAGAUGGACUAAUUGUGUCCACACCAACUGGCAGCACAGCCUAUGCUGUGGCUGCUGGGGCAUCUAUGAUCCACCCCAGUGUACCAGCUAUCAUGGUUACUCCCAUCUGUCCACAUUCACUUUCCUUUAGGCCUAUUGUUGUUCCUGCUGGAGUCGAACUCAAGAUUAUGGUGUCUCCCGAUGCCAGGAGCACAGCAUGGGUGUCAUUUGAUGGACGUCAUCAGCAAGAGCUAAAAGUUGGUGAUAGUUUGAAAGUGACCAUGUCCAUCUACCCUGUACCAUCUAUCUGUGCCCAGGACCAGAUCAGUGACUGGUUUGACAGUUUAGCAGAGUGUCUUCACUGGAAUGUACGCAGGAAACAGAGGCAGUUUGACGAGUACUCUGACCUUGUUCACAGUUCCAGCAACUACACAAUAGACUCCCAUGAUAGACAAAUGAAAAUAGACAGCUAGAAAUAACCUUUGAUAACGGCAGAAGACAUGCACAACUUAUGCUGUUAAGGAUCAACUUGGUGUGGUCCAAAAAGCACUAUACAGUAAGGAAUCUUUGUUCCCCAUGAAGUUGGCAAUGCAGGUGAUGUUUUUAGUUACACACAUUCUACAUCUAACAACCAGCUCUUUAUUUGAUACAUUUGUUUAUUACUGUGAUCGUGGUAUUAGUAAUUUGUUUAUAUAACAUUGUAAACUUUUAAAACAAUUAGUUUGUUUACCAACAUAAUUGGAAAAGUUUGUACUUUGUUAUUGACAAGCAACAGUUCUAAAUACAGUUAAACACUACAUUUGAAGUGGGAUAUAAUUAAGUCUAACCUGAAGCAUCUGUGUAGAUAUCAUUUCAAGAUCCACCUUUUUUUUUCCCCAUCUUCGUGCCUAAACUUUGAUAGGUUUUUAAUAGAUAAUUAUAGUGCUUUGGUCUCUUAGCCAAAAGUUUUGUUAGAAUGGGUGCAUUUGACAAAUUAAAUACUAAAGAAGCUUUACUUCAAAAUGUGAAAAACCAUUCCUUAAGGUUAGUGUUACAGUGCUUAUCUAGUAAUGUGUGUAAAAAUGUCUAAUUUCUGUUGUUUUGUAAAUGUGAAUCACAAUUCUUCCAUAGCCGUGAAAAAUGUUGUAUGAUAUUCAUUUCAGUGAGAAAAUUAUUUGUAUUUCUCACAACUGGUGCAAGAGUUACCAGCACUUUAUGGAAUACUUUUAAAUUAUAUAUUCCUACUUUUUAAAGAAAGUUGUUUGCUACAAUAGCAAAAAAGUGGAAGUAUCAGUGAUUUUUGUAUUAACUUUUUUAUAGUUAUUUAUAUUGUAGUUUUAGUACCCAACAGGGAUAAAAAUUGUUACGAAUUUCAAUGUAACAGUAUUAAUCAGAGAUGUUUUGUCAUAGGUGUCAACAUAGUGUUUUGAUGUAUGUUGUUUUAGACUUGCUGGUGCUUGUACAUUAACCCUUCAACUGCGAUUGACAUCAUAUGAUGUUAACGUAGACGACUGUGAUGAACAUCAUAUGAUGCAAGCAUUUUACACAAUAUUUUGAAUGGCCUGCCUCAAAAACUUGCAAAUCUUUGCAUAUAGGGUAAUAGGCAGAUUUACACAAGCCACAAGCAAAGGGUUAAACGCACGUGGAAUUUUCAUGAGCCAUACACUCCAUACAGCACACUCACAUUAAACUGCUGGAGGCAGACUGUACCCUAUAUGAUGAAUCAGCAGUCAAUUGGUUAAAAACCUUAGAAGGCAGCAUAAUUAUUGAUCAUAUAUAUUGGUUUCAUUUAACUAGGUUUUAAUAUCAUAAUGAAGGCAGACUAUGUUAUGUUUGGUUUUAACAAUAUUUAAUGUUUCUCUUUAAAUUUACAAGUAUACUAAUGUGUAGAUUCUAUUUUAUUUUGUACUAGCUAAAACUGUAGAAAGAAACACGUGUAAUCUUUAUCCCUUCACAUAAUGAUUUCAAGUAUGGAAACUAGGCACGUGGUACCUGAAAAGAAAUUUAAGUUUGAGUUUUUUUAUAUUUUAAUAACUGGAUUUUACCAGUUCUGAUAUUUCAAAGUUUCUACUUUGUGUUGGUGUUAAACAAAGUUUAUGGUCUUUAUUUUUGGUACAAGAUGUAGUGUGAAAAAUAGAUCAAGAAUCAUAACAUCAAUAGCAUUAUGUUUCGAUGACAAUAAUGUUUUUCAGCUGCACUGUAAAUUAAAAGAUGCCAUUUUAAACAAAAUUAUAAAAUUCUGUGUGAAAAUGAUAAAUCUUAGAAUCAUCAGUGUCUGAAAAUAUUUAGUUAUAUUAUUAUGGUUUAAAAAAAUGCAUCUUAUGUUUUUUAUAAAAAAAAAACUAAAUCAACUAAUAAGCAAAAAUCCUAUUUCAUUUUUUCCAAAUGGCUGUAGUUAGUAAAUAGCAAUAGUACAUGGUUUGUUUGCAUUAAAUUGUAACUAAAACCUUUAACAGGAUUAUUAACUUUUUCUAAUGAGUAUUUACAUAUUUACAUCUGUUAAUAUAAUUAUUUAAAUUGUAAUACACAAAAUCUGUAGGUA